AUGGAGGAGAUCAUUAAGAAGAACUUGAUGAAGUUCCUCGAGCAGCACCACCUCCUGUCUGAUGCACAACACGGCUUUCGAAGUGGUAGGUCCUGUCUCACGAAUUUGCUAUUUAUGCUCGAACACUGGAUCAAAGAACGCCUUCUACAACGACUUCAAAAAGGCCUUCGACAGCGUUGCCCACCAAAGUCUCUUGCACAAACUGCGCAAUGCUGGAAUUCGUGGACGCCUUCUUGUAUAAAUCCAGGGCUUUUUGGCUGGACGGUCCCAAACAGUGCGGGUCGGGCAUCAACAAUCCUCGGAGGUAAGCGUGGUGACUGGCGUUUCACAGGGCUCAGUCUCAGGUCCCACGUCAUUUCUCGUUUUCAUAAAUGACUGCGUCAAGGACCUAAACUUUGAUACCAUCCUGUUUGCCGACGACAUAAAAUUGUGGAAAGUUAUUUACAAUGUGGCAGACGCAGACCAACUGCAAGCAAACUUGAACAGUCUCGAAGACUGGUCGAAGCGCCGGCUUAUGGCCUUCAAUAUAAGCAAGUGCAACUUUCUUCAACUAGGCAUCUUCAGAGUCUCCAGCCCCAGGACUUACCUUCUACGCAGCACACCACUGUAACAGGUUGACAGUCAGAAGGACUUGGGUGUAUGGAUUACACCUUCACUCAAAUCAACACGCCACUGCGAGAAGGCCGCUAAGUCAGCUAUGGCAACACUGCAACACAUCAAGCGAGAAUUUUGAGAUUUGACACAGACUGCUUUUCCAAAAUAUUUGGCACCUACGUGCGGCCUCAUCGAGAAUACGUCAUACAGGCGUGGAGAUCUUGGACUGCCAAGGAUUAUACCGUUUUGGAGAAGGUUCAGAGACGAGCGACCAAAAGGACACAAGGUCUGAGAACACUGCCCUAUGAAACCAGACUGUCAACUCUCAACCUGUUUCCCCUUUCCUACAGGCAAAUACGUGGAGAUCUUAUACUAAUAUUUCACAAAAUCAACGGCCUGGACUUUUGUUUAGAUCCCACUGAUUAUUUCACUCAAGCUAACACGCCCACUCAGCGCGGUCAUCGCCUAAAACUAGGCGCAGGGAAAGCAAGGACUGAUGGACGAAAGGUCUUUUUCAGUCACAGUGUGGUUGCAGCGUGGAAUGCCCUACCUACCGAUGUUGCAACCUCCUCCCGUGUGAAUUUUUGCCAGCGUGGACUUGACGCCUAUCAAGCUUCGCAAUUACCAGCCUCACAUCAACUCACAUAAGCCGUGUACCAACUUACAUAUAUUUAUACUACUUGAAAUCCAGUAAGUAACCGUUAUUGUUUACUCCUUUUCGACCUGAUGAACAAAACCCCUUUAUGAGCAAAAGAUAAUCGAUUGGACCUGGAAGUAUGGAGUUUUAUAACCCUGUCAUACGGCUAUCAUUAAGCGCAGACUGAACUCACUGUAAUUAUUAACCUUAAGUGCAGACUGCAGCGUAUGCUGCUCGGGCUGUCAGGACAUCAUGCCACAGACGCAUGACAAGCGAACGAUCAAGUUCAUGACCCCUGUUCACACCUUCUUUGUGCGAACUGGCCAACCAUCGGCCUAUGACAGUCUCCUCCCUGCCAUAUACCCGGCCGUUUCCACAAGCUUCCCCACCUGUGCUGUCUGUCGUACUCAGUACACGUCCUAUUUCCAAUUAACCUUCUGUUUUGUAUGUAUAAGAUUGGCAAACAUGUCUUCAUUGCUGCCUACAGCCUUACCUCUCUGGCCAAAGAACACCCAGAAACCCUCAAAUGACUCGUGGUUGCAAUGGUGGAAGGCAUGUGAUUAUUAUAUUAAACUACUCCAAAUUGUGUCACCCACGAUUGUACUUGAUGUUCCAUCUAAGUUGAAACUCCUAUGGACGAAUCUCGGAGAGUUGACACAAGGGUAUUACCAUGACCUCAAUAUACAAAAGACUACAGAUCUCCAAUCAGCCUUCACAAAACUGAAGUCAGCAUAUGGAGGAAAAGACAACGUCUUCCAAAAUCGCUACCGGUUUUGUCAAAUGCGUCAAGAAUCCAGUCAAUGUGAAAGUGCUUCUUCUACUAAUCUGACUGCGGCCAUCCAGGAAUGCAGUUAUAAAUAGAUUAAGGCGGACAACUUCGAGAACGCAAUGCUCUUACAGCAGUUGAUCGUUGGGUUGCGUGAUGAAAAAGCUCAGGAAAAUCUCUUAUCAGAGAAGAAGGAUUUGUCAUGGGAGAAAGCCUGUGAUAUAGCCAGUCAUCAGGAGCGCGUGCGGCAAAACCUUCAACAGCUGAAUCAGUCAAACGAUGGAGUGAUAACAUCCUUGAAAUCGGAAAUGGCUGUCUCCCUAGUCAGCACUGCUGUGUAUUCACCUAGACAGCGACCCUCAGCUCCCUCAAAACAACUACCAUCCCGCUACCGUUGUGGUUAGCAUCAUAUCCGGUGGUCAGACUGUAGACACCAGAGGACGUUAUGCAAGAUUUGCAUGAAAGUCGGCCACAUCGAACGAGUGUUUUUCUCCAAAAGACGAGCGAAUACUAACACGCAUGCAACCAACCCUAAUCCAGCUUGGAGGGGCGAGACGAUACUCCGAAUUUAUACGGUUAACGCGACACUCCAAUCGCCCUGCACUAUCACGCUUCCGGUUGAUCGCUAUCUCGUUAAGUUUGAAAUCGACACUGGCUCAGAUUUAACUCUCAUCAAUGAGGUCUCUCUUCAGAAAUAACCCUCACUCCUUCCGGCCUGCUCAACAUUCCGUAGUUACACUGAACCGAACGUAGAUGUUCGAGACGUUUUUCCAAACGAGGUAUAGCAUGAGAGGGAACUUAAUUACCCUCCGGUUCAUGUGAUGAGAGGAAGCCAGAAACCAAAUCACCUUGGUUGGAAUUGAAUUAAAUGUGUACCUUCUGUGCUGUCCUAUGUACAUCGCAUUUGUGUAAAUCUGGCUUUAGAUUCCAUUUUGGUAACUCAUAAGUAACUAUUUCGUGAGGACUCUGCUACCCACUACUGCGGUCCACGUGAUAAGUUCCAGUUUCAGUCAGAUUUCCGGCCCGAUUCCUCAAAGCUCGUAGGGUUCCCUAUGUAGUUGUAUUGAAGGUCUAAGAAGAGGUGGAUUGCCUACAGAAAGCUGAUAUUAUUUAGCCUGUGCAGUGGGAGUGUGCAGCCUCAAUGGUUGCUGUUCUUAAAUUCGAUGGUCCUGUGUGUAUCUGUGGCGACUACCAGCUGACAAUCAAAUCAGCAACUAAGCUGAACCCUUAUCCUCUCCAGCGCAUCGGAGCUCUAUACGCCUCCCUCUCAGGUGGUCAUCAAUUUAAAAUUUUAAUUUGAAGCAUGCUUGCAACUAAGUCGUCCUAUAUACAGUAUCCCGAGACGCCACAACCAUCAAUACACAUCGGGGUUGUUACGAUAUAAAAGACUGCCAUUUGGAGCAAGUUCCGCUCUCGAUUUAUUUCAAUUCUUGGUUAAUUACCUCGUGAAGGAUAUACCUCACGUUUGUGCAUAUCUUGGCGACAUCUUAGUCACCGGACAUCUGGGCAUAUUCAUUUAGGGACUCUAAAGAUCACGUUAGGAUGUUAGGAAGACGCAAGUUUUAUACUCAUGAAAGAUGAGUGUACUUUCCUUGCCGACUUGGUGGAAUACCUGGGCUUCAGAGUGGAUAAAACUGGCUUCCAUCCACUCGAACAUAAACUCAAAGCCCUCAAUAGGCGCCGCGCAUCAAAAAUACUAGUAAAAUGCGUUCAUUUCCGGCGUUGAUGUUUCAUAUUGGUCGUUUUAUGAAUCAAUCGGCUACAAUUCUACAAUCCCUUUAGUAACUACUUGGAAAGAAUUGUUGUUGGAAGUGGUCGGUGGUCGACCAAAUUGCUUUUGAACAGGCAAAUGCGGCUCUUACCUCCUCAUCUGUCCUAGUUCAUUAUGACCACGAAAAGACUAUCAUAAUGUAAUGUGAUGCGUCCCCCUACGGCGUAGGUGCGGUUCUCAUGCACUGAAUGCCUUCUAGUGCGGAGAUGUCGAUUGCCUUUGCAUCAGAAUCGGAAACUAAAUAUUUGCAGUUAGAUAAAGGAACCUUAGCAAUGAUUUUUGGUCUACAUCGUUUCCACCUAUAUAUUUUUAGCCGACUUUUCGAGAUUCACAUGGAUCACAAACCCCUCUUACGACUGUUAGGAGAAAACGAGGGAUCAACAUAUAGGAAACAACAACAACAAUAGAAAACAUCUGGAUAAGACAGCAAUUGAAUUACAGAAAAAAAUCCUAGUAAGCGUACAGCCACGAGUAAUUUACAAUACGCAAUGCUCUCCUUUCUUCUGUAGAAGAACACCGACGCUAGACUUCCGAUUUUAAUCAUUAGGAAGUCGUGUUGACAGUCUCUAAUACUGCUCGGAGAUCUUCACAGCAAAUCAAAAUGGAACUAAUUCCUGUUUGGGAGCCUAACCACGGGUUCGCGGUCGCACCACGUGAACCUUUUGGGAAAGGUAUCAAGUUUCCUCCUAAGCAGUUGGAGAACGCCUUGGGUUUUGGCGUCUGAGACAGGGAGAAGUCUCGUCAUCUUUUGUUAUGCGAGAUGGCGGUUCGACCGUAGAUUCCUGUUUGUGAGCCUAACAACGGUCUCGAGAUUGCACCACAUGCGCCUUCUGGGGAAGGUAUCAGGGUCCCUCUUGAGGAGUUGGAGAAUGUGUUCCGUUUGGCAUCGGAGAUAGGCAACAGUCUCGCCAUCUUUUGCUGUGCGAGAUAAGAAGAGAAACACCAUUUCUAGAAACUCACAAUUGAAUAGUUUGCUGAUCGUUUUGCCAGUCUGAAUCGCCGCUGUGACAUUUUCCUAGUGCCAGACAAAAGCAACUGACCGCUGCUUAUGGAAACAACUACGAAAGAGCGACUAUAGACGUUGAUAUUCCUGCAAAAUUAGACAAGUGCACUAUCUGCUGAAUCAAGUUACGCCUUUGUCCCACAUAUUUCUGACGGAUUCAUCGCACGAGUGAUGACAAUGUUUGCUUAAAAUCUAAAAAUUUACAUUCUGCCGCGACUACAUUUGCCGUAGAACAAUCAUACCCAUAAAAUAGUACUAACCUAAUUUAUAACUCCGAUGCUAUUUGUGGUCUACCGUGUUCGGUUGCAUUAACUGCCAAUUCUCAAGGCUUAAAUGUACCUACUGAAUGUGAAAUCAUUAAAGGCAAACAUGUCAUCAAACAAAGAAAAUGGAAAAAUUAUGAUGAUUUUGAAAUCUACCCGAAGUAUCUUUACGGAUACUUUUACAAUAUUUACAUAUUCUAAGUCCCGGAAACACUCUCCUUCAGACUGCUUUGCCCUUCAUUAUACUGACAUUUAUUCUAUCAGGGAGUGAAAAAUCCAUGACUUUCAAUACAGUCAACUGACAGGUUACCAGCUGACAGGACCUUACCGAUAAAGACAAAGGAGACUGUUCCCUUGUCUUUGUCGGUAAUGCUAUUCUGUCUAUAUAUCAUGUGCCGCUGUGUGGCUGCUGGUUGUGCUCGAGGCAGAGCCCGUAAGGCAAAACGGAACGAGUGAGUUCCGUAAGAACGAUCGUUGAGCGCCCCCCUACCAUUGACAGGACAUUGUCAGCAAUGACGCCGAACCGCCCAUUAACAGUGGACGUUGUCGCUGACCGCGUAGUCAGACCUAGGAGUGUGGACAGAUGUAGCCUAGGUUUGCGGUCUACAUAGAUUGCAGACUUAACACACUCAAAUUGCAAAUCUUGUCGGCAGACGACAAACAGUAUAAUAGCGCUGGAGGCAGAAGCCAAACAGGUAGCCGCAGUGAGAAAUCCUCUCUAGGUGGUUCGGGUACAACGGGAUGGCGGUUUUGAGGGGAAGAACGGGCGGGGUAAACGGCAAAGGGCACUGGAUUGGCAGUUGGAUGCCGAAAAUGUUGGAAAUCGCAGAAAAAUAAUUGUUUGUUUUAAUGAAGUCAAAAAUAGGGGAGGAUGGCGCGCAAAUAGGGAAAACCGUAGGCAAUGACCAAUCGAAGGAGGGUUGGCCGGGGACGUGAUGUGAUUGGCGGCCGGGGCGAGUAAUCCUGAACCGCCAAGCGGCUAACCAAUGGGAUCAUUGGCGCCGCACUUGAAAGUGGUGUGCGUUAGAUGGACACGAAGCAUACGAUGCACAAAGGGGACGCGGGCGGACAGCGGUGUACUGCGGUUGGGUAAGAGUAUUUGAAUAAACCGCUUAUGACAAUUGCGUUACUUCCCAGCCCCUUACUGACCCCCUCAUCAACCCCUCCCUAUUUGUUAUGUCGGUGAUCUCCACCGCAUGCACCGUUUAAUACGCAUAACGCAAACAAUGUUUAGGAUACCUGGACGUACUCCAACACCACCGCACCAACCUACAGCAAGUCGGCAAACUCCCGAACUUGGCGGUCGCUGUUUUACGGGAUUUUAAGUAUCCAUGGUGAGAGCAGUUUAUAGGCCUACGUAACCCUUUUAAGUUUAAAUUUAUCUGCCGUAACCCAAAUUGGUGGGCCAGGCGUGGAAGUACAGGUAGACGAGACGCUCAUAAGUCGCCGCAAGCAUAACAGGGAACGACCGCGGCGGCAGUUGUGGGUCGUAAGUAUGUACGAUACACGCAGGCGGAAAGCCCUAUUUGAGCAGAUUAACAACCGCAGCUGGAAGGCCCUGAGGCCCGUCGUAAGGAAGUGGGUGGUUGCUGGUAGUGUUAUCGUAACCGAUGAGUGGAAGGGUUACACCCGCCUACCGUCCGAAGGUUAUACGCACUGCACUGUCAACCACCGUAGGGGCUUCGUGAAUCCCACAACAGGACGGCAUACGAACGCCAUAGAGGCCUACUGGAGCAGAUUAAAGGGGAACCCUAAUAGCAAGCGAGCUCGCCGCGAGCCGGUGUACUUGGGGGGGGAGGUGGGGGAGGGGGUAGUGGGUCUUUAGCCUGCUCGCGGUUUGGAUUGGUUCCCGGGUCGGCUGCGCCGGCGUCGCGAAGGGCGCAAGCGGCCGCGCAUAGUUGCACUUGAUUAUCGAUUAGCUUCGGUGCCCGAUAGUCCUCUGCCUCUUGCCGGUGCCACUGUUUGCUCACUCACGCUGCACUGCACACGCCGUGUCUCGCUCUACGCUGACAUUGCCUACCCUAACUGUCUUUGUCUUUGUGUUCCCUUGUGUCUCCUUUUACUCACAGGUAUGUUUACUCCUGUUAGUAGGCGUAAAAUACGGCGUCAAGCCUACCUACUGGGAAUGCAGCCGUUACCUACUGGCGAUGGGAAAGCUGGCGAUUGAAGAGAGCCUACAAACGCCAAUUGGAUAAGCUAACCAACGAACGCGCAGAGGGAAGACUGGAAGGUAUGACUCUGUACUUCGUCCACUUACUCUCCAUGCCUACCUACAGUGCCUGUGGCCGUUACCGGCCGGUCAACGAGGGAGCUGUCGAUUGAGGAGAGAUCAACCAUCGACGAUUGGAGAAGCCAACCAACGAAGGCGCAGACGGAAGACUGGAAGGUAUGA